AUGGGAGAAAACUCAAAUCGCAUUUCUGGUUUUCAACGGAUCGUCGACAUGAGUCUUAACGGAGCAAUGUUCUUCCCGGAAAUUGUGGAAGACCGAGAGCAGGAGCCGUCGAAAUUAAAUAGCUUGGAGAGAACAUCGCUCAUCACGCCGUAUUAUCGUUGGGAUUUGGCUCCAAUGGACUCUCAUCUAACUCCGAAUCCGAAGGAAUCAGAGCAAAAAAAGGAGAAUCAGACGCGAAAUUGGCGUUGGUGA